AUGUAUGCUGAACACCGGGUGCAGCAAUCGGACAUGUGCGCAGUCGCUCGGCUGUUCCCAUCCUACCAAAUUCCCUUCGGCCGGACAAGCAGGCUCGUGCGUCAUUCAUCAAUAGUCAUCCGCACACAAGUCGAGCGAAAGGCACGAAAACCUGCGUUGGAAACAACUCGCACGUUCGCCACGUUAUUCGCCGAUAUGGAAAUCCGACAGCGACUGGUGAUGGCUCAGUCCGUCGAAGCGUUCAGCCAAAGAACUUGCCAUGCGACCAAAAUCACAUGGCGUGAACGGAAGUCCUCCAUUCAUCUCAGUCAAGCGAAAGAACAGAUUUUUGGUCCAAAUGCAUGGUAUCCGUUUCGCGGUCUAUCAGAGGAGUUCAAACGACGACUGGCUGUCUAUCCGUCCGAUUUCAUCGACGGCGUCACUGGCCAUCGAACGAUGCAAAAGCUUUUCUCGACAGUAGUCUUCCUCUACUUCGCAUAUGUACGAAAAGUGAUAAUUGCCCAAGCGAUCGGCGGCAUCUUUUUCUCGUUAUGUGGCGGUCAGCCGAUGAUCAUAUUGCUCACCACUGUACCGUUAGCCAUUUACAUUAAAGUGAUCUUCAAAAUCUCUCAAGAACUUGGCUAUGAUUUCUUCGCUAUGUAUGCAUGUGUCGGUUUAUUCUGCCAAUUAUUUCUCGUCCUUUAUUCGGCGACUGAGCUAUGCAGUUUGAUGAAAUUGGCGACUCGGUAG